CAGGGAAUGUCCGGCUCAUGGACAAUGGACAUACUGCACAAAGGACGACGAGAGGACAUAUUUUUGCGGCGGACUGUCGGACCAGGACGCCGGGCGGCCACCGAGCCACCCCCACGGGGGUUUCGUCGGGCCGCGACGACGGUGCGAGGUGCACUACAAUAAGCGGCCGGCUGCAGUACUCUGGGCGGAGUGAGAGGAGGAUGCUCUGGUGCUCGACGGCGGUUACUAUGGCAUGCAGCGGCGACAGCAGCCUGGCACGGGAUCAGGAUCCGUCAAGCGGAGGACGAGUCUGAAAAUCAGCCUUUGCCGGAGGACCACCGCCACGGAAAUGCUGCCCGCGUCUGUGAAACCGACCCGCGAAUGUUCGUUCUGGAGGCAGGCGCAGGCUGUCGACCGGGCGCUUCAGACUAGACAGCUCCUGGCUGCAGAUCGAGGUGUGGCCCGUGCGUGCCGGACCCGCGGAGAUGGUGACAUAUGUGGACGAGGAAGAUCUUUUAGAGGUGAUGGUGAAACUGAUCGAAUGGGGAUAAGUUUGACGACGAUGACAGUUACGAGAAGCGCUUAUCGCUUCAAGAGUUAG